AUGUCAGACAUUGAAAUAGUCUCUAAACUGCUCUCUGAUUCAGUUAUCGCACAGACAUCAAAAUUAGCAGAAAAGAGUCUUAAGGAACUUGAGAGCCAGGAUGGGUUUGGUUUAACAUUAUUGCAUGUAGUGGCAGCUGAAAAUUUGUCCAUAUCUACCAGAUUGGCUGGUGCUUUAUUUUUCAAAAAUUUCCUAAAAAGAAAAUGGGUUGAUGAAAAUGGUAAUCAUCUCCUUUCAGUAUCCAGUGUGGAAUUGAUCAAAAAGGAAAUCAUACCAUUGAUGAUUAGCUUACCAGCUAACUUACAGAUUCAAAUUGGUGAAGCUAUUUCGAUUAUUGCAGACUCGGAUUUUCCUACCAGAUGGCCUGGAUUUUUAGAUGAUCUUGUAUCUAGAUUAUCUCCAGAUAAUAUGAUCCUAAAUAAAGGUGUAUUAAUUGUUGCACAUUCAAUUUUUAAAAGAUGGAGACCAUUAUUUAGAUCUGAUGAUCUAUUUUUGGAAAUUAAACUAGUUUUAGAUAAAUUUACAAUCCCUUUCUUAAGUCUUUUGGAAACUGUGGAUAAACAAAUAGAUGAAAAUAAAAACAAUACACCACAUUUAACCUUGUUAUUUGAUGUUUUAUUAGUAUUAAUUAAAUUAUAUUAUGAUUUUAAUUGUCAGGAUAUCCCUGAAUUUUUUGAAGACAAUAUUCAACAAGGUAUGGGUAUCUUACACAAGUAUCUAUCCUACUCAAAUACCUUAUUAGAGGAUCCGGAUGACCCAGAAAAUACAAGUAUUGUAACCAAAGUUAAAUCUGCCAUACAAGAAGUGGUCCAAUUAUAUACCACAAGAUAUGAUGACGUUUUCAGUCCAAUGGUCAACGGAUUCAUCGAAAUUACGUGGUCUCUAUUAACAUCAACCUCAGAUGAGCCAAAAUAUGAUAUUCUAGUAUCAAAAUCUCUAGCAUUUUUAACAGCUGUUUCUCGUAAUCCGAAGUAUUUUGAAAUGUUUAAUAAUCAAGAGGCCAUGAACAAUUUAACAGAACAAGUUAUCUUACCUAAUGUUACUCUUCGUGAAUCAGACGUUGAAUUAUUUGAAGAUGAUCCAAUUGAAUAUAUCAGAAGAGAUUUAGAAGGGUCGGAUACUGACACAAGAAGAAGGGCUUGUACAGACUUCCUCAAUGAAUUGAAAGAAAAGAAUGAAACCUUAGUAACAAAUACCUUUAUGAUUCACAUGAAGAAGUUUUUUGAACAAUAUCAAUCAAAUCCAACAGAAUACUGGAAAUAUAAGGAUCUAUACGUCUUUUUAUUUACCACUUUAGCAAUCACAGGGAAUAUAACAAGUGCUGGUGUAUCCACGACCAAUCCACAGCUAAAUGUUGUUGAGUUUUUCACUGUCCAGAUCAUUCCUGAUUUGACUGGUAAUGUUGCCAAUAACAUUCUAAAGGUUGACGCAAUUAAAUUCAUAUACAUGUUUAGAAACCAAUUGAGUAAAAAUCAAUUAAUAGAAAUUCUUCCAUUGUUGGCUAACUUUUUAACAUCUGACGAGUAUGUUGUUUACACAUAUGCUGCAGUCACCAUCGAGAGGAUACUGUCCAUCAGAGAGUCUGUAUCAUCUCCUAAUUUUAUUUUCAGUAAAAAUGAUAUUAGUUCCAGUGCUGAAAUGUUAUUGGGUAAUUUAAUAAAUUUAAUCAUGAAACAAGGAACUGUACCAGAAAAAUUAGCCGAAAACGAAUUCUUAAUGAAAGCAAUUUUCAGGGUUUUGCAAACAGCAGAAGAUACCAUACAAGGAUCGUUCCCUACUCUGUUAAAUCAACUCAUCAGUAUAAUUAAUAUCAUUGUAAAAAAUCCUUCUAAUCCAAGAUUUUCUCAUUAUACAUUCGAGUCAGUUGGGUGCCUUCUUAGAUAUACACCUACGCAAUCGUUAAUUACAUUGAUAGACUCAAUGAUGCCGUGUUUCCUUCAUAUUUUAUCUGAAGAUAUUCAAGAAUUUGUGGCAUAUGUUUUCCAACUAAUUUCAUUUGGUGUAGAAAAAGCAGGUUAUGUUCCUGAUACUGUCAAGCAAUUGGCACAACCGCUUUUGUCACCAUCUGUUUGGGAUUUAAAGGGUAAUGUACCUGCUGUAACUAGAUUAUUAAAGGACCUAAUUAAGUUUGAUAAGAGUAUUUUCCAAGAUUUGAUUCCGGUUCUGGGUGUUUUCCAGAGAUUGAUAGCAUCUAAGGCUUAUGAAGUCCACGGAUUUGAACUUCUUGAAGCUAUCGUUCUAUACAUAAACCUGGACCAAUUGAAACCAUACUUAAAGCAAAUUGCAGUGCUACUUCUACAACGUUUACAAACAUCUAAAACAGAGAGAUAUGUUAAGAAAUUAGUCGUCUUUCUAGGUCUAAUAUCGUGGAAGAUGAAUGGCGACUUUGUUGUUCAAUUUAUUGAUGAAGUACAAGAUGGUAUUUUCUCUCAAAUUUGGAAUUCAUUUAUCAUUCCAACUCUACCAACAUUGGGUAACCUACUUGAUCGUAAAAUUUCAUUGCUAGGUGUUACUAAAAUAGUCACAGAAAGCUCCUUAUUUGCGAACAAAUACCCACAGUUGGUUGCCCCAACCUUCGAAACGUUAAUAAAAACUUUGGUAUCAGAGGAUGUGGCAAAUUUUAAGAGUGAUUUUGUUGACUUAGAUAACAUGGAAGAAAUUGUGACCUUUGGUUCGUCUUUCAGUAAACUAGGUGUAGUCAGUGAAAAAGCAGUUGAUCCAUUACCCGAAGUUGAUCUAACUAAUGGGCUAAAGCUUUACAUUAGUCAAUUAUUGAGCAAAUAUGUGACUAACCAAGGAGCAAACUUCUCAAACUCGAUUCUCCCAAAUCUUACUAACGAAACACAAACGAAAUUAAACCAAUUGUUAACUGGUGCAUGA